GACAGACAGAGCAAUCGGCUACGAGAAGACACACACACACGCGCGGACAGACAGACGGAUGCACAUAGUCAGAUCAAGAGCAAAGGGUCCAGCAAAUACACUACCACUCUCAACCCUGCAGGCAUCUUCCUGCGAUACACACACGGACGCUCCACUUCCCCUCACACAUCGUCGGUCUGCCUAUCUGGCCCUGUCCCGCCCCCUCCCCUUGGCGGCCUUCCCGUCCUCCGUUUUCUUGCCGCUCCUCUCCCUCUUCUGCACACUCGUCAGCCGGCUGUUGAGCUCACGCAGCUCACGCUCCAGGGUCUGCUCGGCGUCCUCUAUCUCUGUCAGGCUCUGCGGCUCCUUCUUGCCCCCCUGCAGGUGGCUCUGCUGUGGCUGCUGUGUCUUGGCGCUCAUCCGCCUGGAGCCCUUGCGGGGCGAGCCUGGUGGCUGGUAUGAGGAUGGCGGUUGGGGCGGGGGCUGUGGUGUUGGCGCGGGGAAGAAGGGCGUCGUGGGCUGAGGGGGCCGCUGGGUGGUCAUCAUCGGGGCAUUCAUCAUCGGAUAACCUGAAGCCAUGCGAGACGUGAGAUGAAAAAGUGCGGUGUCUCUCUCGUGUAUCUCGUCUGUCUGUCUCUCGGACCUGGUUGAUACGGCUGUUGAUACGGCUGUUGAUACGGCUGCUGCGACGCAGCCGACAUGAACGGUGUGUUCGCCAUCCCCACCGACGGCAUCACCGAUGGCAUCCCAUACACAAGGUGGGACCCGGCCUCACUGACCACCUUCCCUCUGCCGUCCAUGUAUGGGUGGUACGCCUGCUGCCCGGGAUGCUGAUAGCCCCCCUGAGUGCCUUGCAUCCCAGCCUGGCUGGCAAAUGGAUGCAUCGAGGCCUGCUGCUGCAGGGGCGCAUAUUGGGGAAAGAAUGGUCUCUGCUGUUGCUGAUGUGGAUGUGGGUAUUGCUGGCUGACGGGAAGUGAUGCUUGUCUCGACACCGCAGGGAAGACGCUCGACUGCGCCGGAUUGUGGUCACUAAAGGUCGGCACGCGAGGCUGCGAGGGAUUCUCGCGGACAACCGCCGGCUUGCUUGACGCAUCCUCGGCUUUUGGCGUGCUCUCUUCGGCGAGUGGAGGCAGAAUGACGGCCGACCGGACAGACUCGCCCGUCUUGGUACCAGACCGAGAUUGUUUGGCUGCCUUGACGCUCUGUUUCCUCGGCGGCUCCUUCUUGCCCUUGGUGGCCGGGAGACUCCUCUCCUUCUCUCUCUUGUCCUCCGCCUUGUCUUUCGUGUCUCUGCUCUUGGCCAUGGAUGGUUUCCUCUUCUCCGCUGGGGCAUCGGCCUCUCUCUUCUUGCUCGCGUGGACAGCACUGGCAGUGCUCUCCUUCUUGCCCACAACCGACGACGCCCUCUCACGCUUGUCACGACGCAACUCCUCCGUCAUGGAUAGGGGAGGGGACUCCUGCCCCUUCGAUGUCGUCUUGCUCUCGUGCACAGCCCCCUGUUGCUGGUGCUGCUGCUUGUCGGUGACUGAGGGCACUGUCUCGUCAGUGGUCUGAGGCGAUGAGGGACUGAUGUACUGGGGGGGCUGCUGAGGGGGCGGGAGAGGCCCCGUGGCAGGAAGGAAGUGGGCGUGGAAGUACUGCAGCUCCCGCUCUUGCUCCUCACAGGUCCUCUCGAGGACGCGGAUGCGGCUCCGCAACAUACGACACUCAUCCUGAAGGACAGACCAUGACACACACGGGGAGUGCAUGCCAGUGUGGGUUCUUCUCUCCCCAUGCAUCCCAUCCCGCCUACCUCUAGCUGUGAAGCCUUAUCUGUCCUGACGUCGACAUUCCCUAUCAGCGGCUCUUUCCUCUCCCCCCUCCUCUCUCCCGACAGCCAUGGCGGCAAUUGCGGAUCCCUCCCCUUCUCCUCCUCCCCGAACCCAUAAGACGACGGCUGCUGACCAUCCCCAUAGCCACCCCCACUGUAGUAAGCCCCUUUGACAUUGCCUCGCCCCCCUCUGCCCCUCCAUUCCGCCAUGUCACGCGGCCGAUAUUGUUGCAUCAUGUACUCACCGGCCUUGACAAGGGGCAGGCGGACGCCCAGCUCGGUGAGCUCCUGAUGCGCCGGGGAGUCGGGCAGCAGAGGGGGGAAAUGGUUGAAGGGGGUCAUGUACUCGAUGAAUGAGGGCUCGUAUGCGGGGUAGCUCUCGCGCUGACUGCGGCUACGAUAGUCCAUACGCCAAAGGAGGAAA